AUGGAAAAUCCCAUAGGAACCCAAGGUCAACUGGGUACCCUUGGAAUUCCUCACCAGAGAUUAGAGGCCCUCAUGAGGACAAUCGUUUGCAAAAAUACCCUGGCUUUGCUGCACCAAAUUGUCAAUAAAAAACAUAAUGUCAGACUGGGACAAGGGCUGGGAGGAGGAGGAGGAUUGAGUCAGGCACAUUUGGACUUCGGCUACCUGGCCAAGAUAGGCUGCAUUUUGGUGACCUUUGGUUGGACCAAAAUGUGCAAGUCUGCCAAAAUAUCCAGGCUCAGCCCUGCAAUGGAAAUCAACGUGCCACUUUCUAAAGCGUUCAUGAGGUUCAAUCAAGAUUUCCACAACCAAACCCCCUUCCCAGUUCCCACCCAGAGGCUCAGUGAGUCUCGCAAAAACAGGAUUUUUGCGAGGCUCACAGGCCUCGGAAAUCCUACAAGUUUUGGGGUCCGGUUUCCACCGGAUGCUGGAGCUGCGUCGCUUCGGUCCGCGACAGAGAUCCUUCUCAACAAGGCGUCAUAUGGAAAUAAUCAGUGCGCCAAAUUGACAAUUAGCAAGGGAGGGAGGGGUCGCCAAAUUGCACAGCUGAUUUCCUGCAAAAUAGAUAGAGAGAGAGGAAGCGGAAAUCAAGAGAUGAGGAAAGAAGGACGGAACCGGAUCGCCAGCAGGCGGAUGCUUUUGUGCCGGAUGAAUAAUGACCAUCGCUGACAGCUCGAAAAUGCAGCAGUUCCGACCAAGAGGGAUCCUCCUCCCCAGCAUGCAGCAGCACCAGGCUGAGAUCCUCCUUCGUGUUUUUAUUUUUCGCUGAC